AUGGCCAAGGCCCUUUUGAUGUGUCCCCCUUCCCCUGCUGCCAUCAAAAGGAACAAAGUACCAAAAGGACCAUCCCAAUGGACUCAGUCCAUUGGCACUGAGCGAGAGACAACACAGCAGCCUGGAGUGGCCCAGGAUCAAGCAGACCUGUUGACAUCAUACAGAGCAGAUCCAAGGGAUCGAUCCUUAAAGGGUCAAGGAAGCCAGGAACAUACUUCAGUGGAAGGCUUAGGCCUGGAGGAGAGGAAAUUUAGAGACUGGAAUCCAUCCUAUCGGAUCACCAGGAAAGAGGUCCAACACAUCCUGGAAACAAUGAACUGUGGACUUCUCCAAAUGAGAACCCAGAGGAAGAAAGGACCCUUCGUCUCUUGGCUCUUCUUUCUGGGGAUGUUUGCUCUGGGGAAGACCCAAACAGUCCUCCACAGCCUGGAGACCCAGUUCACUGGAUUGGCCAUAACAGACAACCUUCCAGACAUCAUCAUCAGUGUGUGGGUGGACGGCCAGAUCUUGUUCUCCUAUGAUACCCAGAGCAAGGAGUUGCUAAUCAAACUAGGUUGGGCCUACCCACCUUUGAAAAACAGGCUGAUAGAGAAAUUGAAAGAGCAUCUGCAGCGAGGGGGAGAGAAUGAUUUGCGGCGUUUCUGUGCCUACUGGAUGGUCUCUUACAAUGAGACUUGGGAGAUACAAACAACCCAGGUCACGGCUUUCUGUGAGCUGGAUGAGGACAUCCAAGUGGACAGCCGGAUGUGGGUUGCUUUUGAUGGUGAGACAGUCUGCCAGUUAGAUGCCCAGAGUGAGGGAUGGGUAACCAAGAAGCCAGAAGUCACACGCUUCUGCAAUUAUUUGGUGGACAGUGUCCAAUGGGACAGGCUACUAGUAGAAGAGUGCCCGAAAUUUCUGAAAAUUGUCCUGGAACUCUUUCACCUAAAGGAGAAUGAGCCCCCUGAGGUGACUGUGUCUCGCCAUGAUGCCCCAGAUGGCAGGACCACCCUCUUCUGCACAGCCAGGGGCUUCCACCCCCGCCCCAUCCUGCUCCACUGGGAAAAGGAUGGGCAAAUGGGCGUGUGGGGAAAGGAGAGCUCCAGUGGCACCCUCCCCAAUGGUGAUGCCACCUUCUACCUCCAAGUCAUUGUGGAGCUCCAGCCAAGGGAUCCUGGAGAGGGUUAUGCCUGUGUUGUAGAGCACCAUGAACUAGGGGUGCCUGCCAUAUACCCAGCACCCAGGAAAGUCACCAGAAGAAAGUCGUGGGAACUGUCUCUCGGUAUCUCAGCCACUACCAUCCUGCUCCUGAUCUUAGCUGUGGCCGUCAUCAUAUGGAGGAAAAGAGAUGCAUGGGGCCACAGGACCCAGGAACAGCACACAGAAGAAGGGAGUGGAAUCUUCAGUCUAGGAGCUCAAGCCUUAAGGAGAUUUCAGGAAUCCAAGUCAGCACAGACUCUACUAACUGGAGUGAAUGUGUCCAUGACAGCUGAGGACCAACUCCUAGGUCUUGUUGCAUGUAAGAGAGAAAAUAAUGGUAGCAUGGAAAUUCCCAAGUGUUUAUCUUCCCCCACCCCACCCCUGCCAAAGACUUCCAGCCUUUCUGAUGUCUGCCUGGGGACCAUGGCCCUUUAA